AAAACCCACCUUAGUUCCAUUUAAUUUGAGCCUCAAAAUGAAGGUGUUUCUCUGUCUUUUGUCCUUGGUGUCCUUUGUGGCGUAUCUGACACUGGGAGAGACUCUGGUCAAGGACAUCUGCCGCCAGGGAAGCGGCUCCACAAAGUGCUCCAAAAACAACACAUACACGUGGCACAGCAGACUGAAGACCUGUCGCGCAGUCCGCCUAAAGUCGGGACCCUGUGGAUUCUUCAACAUUGUGGAGAGAUGCAAUGAGAUAUGCUCCGACCAGGAAAUGUCCAACGACGAUCUGGAUACAUUCAUUAUGAAGUACACGGUGUAGGAUAUCGAAAUGAAGAAAAUAUCCCCAUUAUAGAACCCCCCAUAGAGCCCCCUU